GCCUACGUGGAUUUGGGGAGUUCUUGUAACAUAAUUAAGUUAGACCAGGCCGAGCGAUUAAAACUCCAAUAUGAUACGCAAAAGCGGAUGAUGUUACAGGGUUACGGCGAAGGAGAGGUUGAAACACUGGGUGUUGGUAGAUGUCGUAUAAAGAUAGAUGACGUAGAAUUAGAAACGAUGGUCAACGUCGUCCCAAAUUUUUGUCAGGACGUUCCCGUACUUAUAGGACAUCCAUUCACAGAGCAAGAUGGAAUAGUAAUAGUGAAGAAUAACGAAUCCAUUCGCUUCAGUAAACAGCAUCUGACUUCUAGUGAUGAACUGAAUCGGAAAAUACAAUUGUGUGUAAAAAGAGAUGUAACGAUACCUGUCAGUCACAUAGGCAACAUGAAACUGGAGUUAAGAGGUGCAGAUUACACUGGUGUACAUGGAGGCAAGUAUACGGGCAGAAGAAGGACAGGAAUACUGCAUCCCAGUGACAUUCAGGGUCUGGGAUGCGCUAAAUCAGCAGAAAUGAGCAUUCGAUUGAAGAAAGAUCGAGUUGUCACCUACAGACAUUACCGAAUGGCGGAAAAAGAAAAGGAGAUAGUGAAUCAGAUGAUUGGAGACUUGCUCCACAAUGAAAUUAUAAGGGAAUCAGACUCACCAUAUGUUUCUCAGAUUGUGCUAGUAAAAAAGAAAAACGGUGAGCCACGUAUGUGCAUUGACUACAGAAAACUAAACUCGCUAACUGUAAAGGAUCAUUAUCCUUUACCAAGAAUCGACGACUAA